AUGACCUCGGAAUGUAGCUCUCAAAUUUAUUCGUUAUCAAGCACAACAGAGCUUAAUUCAGCACAAGUGGAACGAUUACGCUCAGUGCUCAAUGAACAGGUAGAAAUUCACGGAAGAGGCAAUUUUCCAACGCUCAGCGUACGUCUACAUGAUUUGAUCAUCUGUGUACGUGAUAGUCUGCGCGCAGCAGGUAUUGGUCCAAAAAAUGUAAAAAUGAACGGUGGUGCUGCAUCAUACGUCGUGGCAACGGAGGAAUUCGCAUACUCAGAUCUCGACUUGAUUUUUCCAAUGAGUUUCGAAAGCGAACAAAGCUUCGAUAGCGUAAGAUCGGCUGUUUUUGAUGCUAUGGUGCAAUUAAUGCCAGAAUCGACUAACAAAGAAAAGAUAUCGGCCAAUACAUUGAAGGAUAUUUAUAUCCGAAAAAUGGUUAAAGUUUCGGAUGGUGAUCGCUGGUCACUGUUCUCGCUUCACAAUGAUUUCGGACGGUGUAUCGAGUUAAAAUUCGUAGACCGAAUGCGACGUCAAUUCGAAUUUAGUGUUGACAGUUUCCAAAUUACCUUGGAUGUUUUAUUGGACCGACCCGACCAUCCCAAACCAAUCAUCACCGCUGAAAGCAUGUUUGGUGACAUUAACAAGGCAUUGCAGCAUCUGAACGAACGAUUGAUUGACACACGAAGGCCUGAGGAGAUCCGUGGUGGAGGACUGUUAAAAUAUUGUCACUUGCUUACUCGCGGUUAUAAAGCAGCUAGGCCAAACAAAUGCCGUCAGCUCGAGCGGUAUAUGUGCUCCCGUUUUUUUAUUGAUUUUCCAGAAGUUAGUAGCCAGGAGGUUAAACUGCGCGCUUAUCUUGACAAUCAUUUCGGUACUGAGGACCAGGAUAAGUAUGAUUACCUGCUGUUAUUAUAUCGAGUAAUCAGCGAGAGUACGGUUUGCCUAAUGUCACAUGAGCGACGACAGACAUUAUCAAUGGUUGACAGGUUGGCUUAUCAGUUAUCCGUCAAUAUGUAUUACCAACAAAGCUGUAUGGGCGGUUUCUGUGGACAUACACCUCGUCAGACACUACUGUACUUACCACCAAAUGCUUCCUACUGGAUACCGGUUGUAUAG